AUGAGUAUCAUGGAGUACAACGGUGGUAGUGUGGUGGCGGCCAAGGGCAAGAACUGCGUCGUCAUUGCCUCCGAUCUUCGACUCGGUCAGCAAGCCAUGACAGUUGCAUGCAACUUUGACAAGGUGUUCCGUGUCACAGAAAAGACAUACAUCGGUCUUCCAGGCUUGGCGUCAGAUGUCACAACGCUUCGAGAAAAGUUCCGAUACCGUGUCAACAUGUACAAAAUGAAGGAGGAGCGAGACAUUGAACCCGAGGUCUUUGCGCAGUUGGUCAGCUCGACGCUCUACGAGAGAAGAUUUGGACCAUACUUCAUCGAACCAGUCAUUGCAGGCAUCAACUCCAAGAACGAACCCUUCAUCGCAGCAUCAGACGUCGUGGGAUGCCUCAACUUUGCCAAAGACUUUGUUGUCAGCGGUACAGCAGGCGACAAGCUCUUUGGUAUGGCUGAGGGUCUUUGGGAACCCGAUCUUGGACCCGAGGAGCUCUUCGAGACAGUAUCGCAAAUCCUGCUCGGAGCGCUAGAGCGAGACGCAUUAUCAGGCUGGGGUGCCAUUGUUCGCAUUAUUACGCCAGAGAAAGUGAUUGAAAGGACACUCAAGGCGAGAAUGGACUAG